GAAAGCUCAUCGUCUCGGAGCAGAGCAGCAGCAGUCUUUCAGUCCGGUGCUGGCGUUCACACACACUCACACACACUCUAACACACGCUCACACACACACACGCGCGCGCGCGCAAACAUACACGCGUUCUCCCUCUGCGUCCUGGACAUGAACACCUGAUUUUUCUCACCUGCAUGAUGGAGAGCUAGAAAAAACCCCAACAUCAAACAAAACAGAGCUGAAGGAAUUCAAAGAGCGUCAUGACCUACGCUUUUUGACUCGCAUAGAGAGAGAGAGAGAGAAGGAGAGAUGAUUCAGCCCGAGCUCCACAAUCAUGUGGGUCCUAACAUAGAGCCCAGUCCUGCAGACACAUCUCCAGCAUCCCCCAGCCUGCUGCACAGGAUCCGGAGAGUCUUCACCAGAGAGCUCCUCCUUACACUGGCACUCGGUCAGGUCUUGUCUCUGCUCAUCUGUGGGAUUGGACUGACCAGCAAGUACCUGGCCUCCGAUUACCAUGCCAACACCCCCGUGUUCCAGUGCUUUCUCAACUACAUCCUUCUGUUCCUGGUCUACACCACCACACUCGCAGUCAGGCAGGGUGAGGAGAAUUUACUGGCAAUCCUGAAGAGGCGAUGGUGGAAGUACAUGAUCCUCAGCGUGAUCGAUAUCGAAGCCAACUACCUGGUCAUUAAAGCUUACCAGUACACCACGCUGACCAGUGUACAGUUGCUGGACUGCUUCGUCAUCCCCGUCGUGCUCCUGCUGUCCUGGUUCUUUCUGCUGGUGAGGUAUAAGGUGGUGCAUUUCGUCGGCGUGGGCGUCUGCCUGCUCGGCAUCGGCUGCGUGGUGGGAGCCGACGUGCUGGUGGGACGACAGCAGGGCCUUGGGGACCAUAAGCUGCUGGGAGACCUGUUGGUUCUAGCUGGUGCGACUCUAUAUGGUAUCUCUAAUGUGUGUGAGGAAUUCAUCGUGAAGAACCUGAGUCGUGUAGAGUUCCUGGGCAUGAUGGGUCUCUUCGGUUCCUUCUUCAGCGGCAUCCAGCUAGCCAUCAUGGAACACAAGGAGCUGUUGAAGGUGCAGUGGGACUGGCAGAUAGGGUUACUGUACAUCGGAUUUAGCGCCUGCAUGUUUGGCCUGUACAGCUUCAUGCCUGUGGUGAUAAAAAGGACCAGCGCCACGACGGUCAACCUGUCUCUGCUCACUGCUGACCUGUACAGUCUCUUCUGUGGUCUCUUUCUAUUUCAGUACAAGUUUUCAGCUCUUUACCUGCUGUCGUUCUUCGUCAUCUUGCUCGGCUUGGUGAUCUACUCCUCAUCCUCGACCUACGUCGCACAGGAUCCACGCGUAUAUAAGCAGUUCCGCAACGCAGGGAAUCCUGUCCCGGACACACCCAACGUCGGUCCCAUGGAGCCUUCAGUGACCUACAGCAGCCUGGGGCAGGAGAUAGAAGACGAGCCUCGGGUUCGGGUUGCCUGAGAGGGCGGAGUCUCAUGCACGCGAUCAUCCACGGCCCCUCCCAUCCCGCAGCAUUUAGAAAGUGAAUGAUAAUAAUAACAGAAUAAUGUAUAUAACCACGUAGCAAACAAUUACACUGUGAUCACAAACUGUAAAUAGGUAGCAGUGAUCUCGGACUGUCUCGGAUCCAUCGUGUAUAAACCUCAUCGUCGACACACGCAACAGUUUAAGUGUUUAAGGAUCUGUGCUGACCGUAUGUGCAAAAUCUCAAUCGUGACUUUGAUUUCCUUACAUGAGCACAAAAGGGUUUCAGUGUAUCUGAAAGCAUUUUGAAGGAAGGAUUCAGCCAAAAAAAAUCGAAUGUAAAAUAUAUAUCUCACUCGUUACGCGAAAUGAAGUCGAAUAUUUUGCACCGGAGCAACGAGGCUAACGUGGCUAACGCUUUAUGUUUAUAGCUACUAGUUUAACAUUAGUCAAACUGCAUACCUGAAUCAUUACACAGUCAUCAUACAAACUCUGUGGAGCUCUUUAGGGUCUUUGCCUCUGUGCUUUUUUGACGUAGUAACACGCUGUUAUCUGUAAAAAUGGAUAAAGACAAAUAUUUCACAGCUGAACGCUAAAAUCUGGCUCAGAUAGGAGGCGUGGCUUAGAAUAUAGAAGUGAUUUGGUACUGAUAAUUAAGUACCGGUUUGAAUUUUAUAUUACUUUUCCUUAAUCCUGACUGUUAUUGUAUAAAACUGUUUACAUUCGAAUGGUGUAACCGAUUCAGCCGUUGGUCUCUGAGGUGCGUUCAGUUGUGGUGCUAAAAUGGUGGCUACAAGCGUUCGUUGUUGAAUCCAUAGCUUAGAAUUCUUGGACCUGACUGAUCAGAAGGUUGACCCUGAGAGAGGCUCUGUCAAUGGUUCCGGCUAUAAACGUUAUCGUUUCUAUAGUUACGCGGGAACUUAUAUGGAAGACGCUCAACGUACUCUAAGAUCAUAAUAAACAGAUUAAAAAUGUGCUGUUAUUCAAUACACGUAAUACAAAUAGGGAAAAUAAGAGGAAGAGGUUAGUUUUUACCUGUUGUUUCAAGAUAGUCAGUGACUCAGAUGUUCGAACAUCUAGGGGAAGUUCGUUCCACCACCUCCUUUCUUACCCUGAGAGAUGGUGGGACCAGUCGAGCAGUGCUGGUAGCUCUGAGGGUGUGAGGUACAGUGUGAGGAGUGAUUUGAGGUAAGAGGGAGAUGGUAAGAGGGAGAUGGUCCAUUUUUGGCUUUGUAGGUAAGCAUUAGUGUUUUGAAUCUGAUGUGUUCAGCUACCGGAAGCCAGUGGCGUGAGAACAGCAGUGGGGUGGGGUGGAGAACUUAGGCAGGUUGAAAACAAGUCGGUUAGCAGCUUUUUGGAUCAUUUGCAGAGGACGGAUUGCGUUCAUAAGUAGACCUGACAGCAGUGAGAUGCAGUAAUCCAGUCUUGAGAUGACAAGAAACCCAAACAAGUACCUGGGCAGCCUGUGUGGACAAAAAUGACCGAAUCCUUCUGAUGUUGUAGAGAAGAAACCGACAUGAGCGUGUAACAUCAUCAACAUGCCAGGAAAAGGACAGUUGCUUGUCCAUGGAUACCCCAAAGUUGCGAGCUGUGAAGGAGAGGGAGAAUAAGUCGUUGUGUAAGGAUAUCACAAUAUCUUGACCUGCGGAUUAAUCACCUGGAUGAUCAGAAGUUUAGUUUUGCUGAAAUUGAGUUUCACUCAAGUAUAAAUUACAAAAAACAAAACAAA